AUGGGUUUCUGGGGAAUCGAAGUGAAACCUGGAAAACCUCAUCCUUCUUCUGAUAACGUGCAAGGAACGCUGCAUGUAACUCAGGCAACUUUAGGCCUUGGUUCGUCAACAGAGAAGACCAUACUUCAGUGCUCUGUAGGAGAUAAGAAUCCAAUAUUCUUAUGUUCUUUAUUGCCAAAUAAGAAUGAAUCUUGCUCCUUGAAUCUUGAAUUCGACGAGGAUGAUUUGGUAGCCUUCUCAGUAAUUGGUCCAAGAAGCAUCCAUCUUUCUGGCUACUUUGUGGCUGAUGAUGGAGAUCACCUUCGAGAUGAAUAUGAUUCUGAUUCUUAUGGGGAGGAUAUCAUGGAGACUGAUACAGAUGAGUCCUCUGAAUUUGAUACUGGAGAUGAGUAUGAGGAUGACUUCGUUGAUGAUGAUGACUUAUUCCCACCUUCACCUGCCCGUAACAGUGGAGUUGUGAUUGAGGAGAUAGUGGAUGAUGAGAAACCAACAAAUGGGAAUGAUCGGUCGAAACAACUAAAGAAAAAGGGUCAAUCAAGUAACUCUGAGCGACAAAUUGUUGUCAAGAAUGGUGCUAGUGUCUCAGUCUUGGAAAGUGAAGAUGAAGAUGGCUUUAUGAUUUCUAGCUCGCGUAAAAGCAAAGGAACUUCUCAAGAUUCCGAAUUGGGAGCAGAUGAAGAGACGGAUAAGAAAACAAGUGAAAACUCUGAGAAGAAGAAAGCCAAAGACAUCAGUGAUGAUGGUACUGGGAAAAAAAGAAAAGUUAAAAGUGUCGACCAAGAUGAUCAACCAGAGAAGAAAAAGAAGAAAAAGAAGAAGAAGAAGCAAAAAGAAAAUGGUGAACGGGGACAAGUUAAUAAAGUUUUUACCAGUAACGAGACUGAGGAUCUCUCUGAGGGUGAAAAUCAGCAGGAGUUGAAGAGCCACAACAGGAAACAGAAGGACCUUGACAAUGAUGCAGACAAUGUACCAGAUGAAAAUCACUCUGAGAAGAAAAAAAAGAAACAAAAGAAGAAGAAGAAGGCUGAGGGGAGUGAAGGGGACAAGAAAACAGAUCAGACUGUUUCACCCAUGCAAGAACAAACUGCAGCUAAACCUUCUCAAGUGAGAUCAUUUCCAAACGGAUUGGUUAUUGAGGAGGUAGCAAUGGGAAAGCCUGAUGGAAAAAGAGCUUCUCAGGGAAAACAGGUCAGCGUCCACUAUAUUGGCAAACUAAAGAAUGGGAAAAUAUUUGACUCUAACGUGGGAAGAGCGCCGUUUAAAUUCCGCCUAGGCAUAGGACAAGUUAUUAAGGGAUGGGAUGUUGGGGUCAAUGGCAUGCGUGUGGGGGACAAACGGAGGCUUACAAUUCCACCAUCAAUGGGUUAUGGGGCAAAAGGUGCCGGGGGAAAGAUACCACCAAAUUCGUGGCUUGUGUUCGACGUGGAGUUGGUUGAUGUUCGAUAGUUGGGCUCCUUUUUUUCUUUGCUCCAGAUUUGAAGUUCUUUGCUGUUAUAGUAGCCGACCGGAACUUUGUUGUUUAAAGACAUCUAUAGGGUUUUGUUUUUUUGGGCAAUUGUAAAAGUUCACCCUCAUCAUAUGUUCCAAUGGGCUUUGUGAGACGGUGGUUCUGUAAGCACAAAUUUUGUGUACAGCAGCACAUUUUCCAACAUGUUAGAACCAUUUUUUUUAAACCCGACCGGUUUAGGGACCCAGUAAAACCAUUGGGUCUCGAGUUCAGUGGUGGAUCCAAUUAAUGACGAAUGGGGACUACUUUUGAAAUUUUUUUAGAUUUUAUAUUUAUUUAAAUUUUGCCCUUGCAGAGCUUUGAGAUUUUGGGAACGCAACAACCUUCAUGGUAAGUUC